AUGAAGAUCUUCGUGGCCUGGGCGACUGUGACACAGGGUUUUACCUGGUGCAACUCAAAGCGAAGUCACCGCGUCUCCCUGGUGUUGCUAAAGGAGUCUCGGCCGCGAGUCCUGCGCCGUUAUCUCCUGGGGGAUAUUGAUUUGUCGAUGGGAUUGGAUGCCCAGAACCGGCGGCUCCUGGCGCGUUUCGGGUCCACAAGUGCCGCUAGCGUCGUGUGCCGGGGUCGGUCUGACUUGCAUGGAUGA